GGGAGCGCGACCCCUGUUUGCAGCGAGGCGGGUCCCGGUCGAGGCCUCCGCUCUCUCUCAAGGGCGCGCGGAAACUAGUCGGCGUUUUGCCUUUUCUUCCUUCUCAGGUCCGCCAGACCCGCAGGAGAGAGUGAAGCGGCCUUUGUGGAGAAGGGGCUGUGACCAGGGUGCUGUUAUCCUGCCACGUCAGAUGAAAUAUGCCCCAAAUAAAAUUAAAUGGCAUUACUGUGGACUUCCCGUUUCAACCCUACCUAUGCCAGGAAGCGUACAUGUCCAAAGUGCUGGAAUGCCUACAAAAGCAAGUGAAUGGAAUUUUGGAGAGUCCCACUGGCACAGGGAAGACAUUGUGUCUCCUGUGCGCAACUCUGGCUUGGCGAGAGCACUUAAAAGAUGCUGUCUCUGCAAAGAAGAUCAGUCAGCGACUCAAUGGAGCAGAGCUCUUCCCUGACCAACCGAUGUCAUCUUGGGGUAAUGUUGCCACAAAUGGUGACGUCCCAGCUUAUUACACUGACAUACCUAAAAUAAUUUAUGCCUCAAGAACUCAUUCUCAGCUUACUCAGGUCAUCAGUGAAUUAAAGAGCACCGUUUACAGGCCAAAGGUGUGCGUGUUCGGUUCUAGAGAGCAGCUGUGCAUCCACCCUGAAGUUAAAAAACAGGAAAAUAACUAUUCACAGAUCCGCUUGUGCCGUAUGAAAGUAACAACUCACUCGUGUCAUUUCUAUAACAACGUGGAAGAAAAGAGCACUGAGAAAGACCUGCUCAACUCUAUUUUGGAUAUUGAAGACCUUGUCAAAAACGGAAACAAGCACAGAGUUUGUCCUUAUUAUCUCUCUCGACAUCUGAAGCAGCAAGCGGACAUCGUUUUUAUGCCUUAUAACUAUUUGUUGGAUCCAAAGAGCCGAAGAGCUCACAACUUAGACUUGAAGGGAACUGUAGUGAUACUUGAUGAAGCCCACAAUGUGGAGAGGUUGUGUGAAGAGUUGGCAUCAUUUGACCUGACCCCCUACGAUCUAGCAACAGCUAUAGAUGCCAUCAACAUAGUGUUGGAAAAACAGGCCAAAGAAGUUCAACAGGGUGAGCUCAGCUCUGAAUUCAAUGCAGAGUACGGCAAAGCAGGCCUGAACAUGACACUGGAAGACAUAGCAAAGAUAAAAAGGAUUCUUCUGGAACUGGAAAACGCAAUUGAUGCUGUGGAACUACCACCAAAUGGAAAAGGGGUCACUAAAGAUGGAGGGUACAUCUAUGACUUGUUUGCCAAGGCUCAGAUCACAUUCCAAACUCAACAUUCUCUUCUAGAGUCUCUGGAACAAAUUCUGCAACACUUAACAGGCUCCCCAGGUCCUGGGAUAUUUACCAACACUGCUGGAUUACAUAAAUUUGCAGACAUAAUUCAGAUGAUCUUUAACGUCACUUCAGAAGGAACUUCCGGCUUGCCACCGGGCUGCUCAGUAUCCACUUAUUAUAAGGUGCACAUUCACCCAGACACAAGCAGUCAGAAAAAGAAGCAGAGGACGGACCUGUGGAAUUCAUCUGCAACUAAAAAGCAAGGAAAAGUCCUGAGCUUUUGGUGUUUUAGCCCUGGUUACACGAUGAACGCAUUGGUGCGUCAGGGAGUCCGGACCAUCAUUCUCACCAGCGGGACCCUAUCCCCUGUUUCUUCCUUUUCUCUGGAAAUGCAGAUACCGUUCCCCGUUUGUUUGGAAAAUCCACAUGUUAUCGACAAACACCAGAUGUGGGUGGGGGUGAUCCCUAAAGGACCGGACGGAAGACUGAUGAGCUCCAGUUACGAAAAAAGGUUUACAGAAGAAUGUCUGACUUCUCUUGGGAGAACAAUAGGUAAUCUGGUGCGAAUCAUACCAAAUGGGCUGCUUAUAUUCUUUCCUUCAUAUCCUGUCCUGGACAAAAGCUUGGAAUACUGGAAAGAACAUGAUUUUGCUGGAAAAAUAGAAGCUGUGAAGCCAAUGUUUGUGGAACCGAGAAACAAAGGAACGUUCACUGAGGUCAUGGAUGCCUAUUACAGGAAGGCCGUCUGCCCCAACUCCAACGGUGCUGUUUUCCUGGCGGUGUGUCGUGGGAAGGCCAGUGAAGGUCUGGACUUCGCUGAUAAGAACGGACGAGGCGUCAUCAUCACCGGACUUCCGUUUCCUCCUCGCAUGGACCCCAGGGUCAUGUUGAAGAUGCAGUUCUUGGAUGAGAUGAAGGGCAGAAAUGCUGCUAACCAGGGCCUCUCUGGAAACACUUGGUACAAGCAGCAGGCUUCCCGUGCAGUGAACCAAGCCAUUGGCAGAGUCAUCCGACACCGGGACGACUACGGCGCCAUCUUCCUCUGCGAUCAAAGGUUCUCAAAUACAGAUGUAAGAGCCCAGUUGCCUUCCUGGGUCCGUCCUUACGUCAGGAUUUAUGAGAAUUUUGGGCACGUGGUCAGAGAAGUGUCUCAGUUCUUCCGUGUUGCACAGAAAAUUGUAAGAUUCUCGAUGUUUGUGCGGCCCCAUCACAAGAAGCAAUUCAAGCAGCUGUGCCAAGAUCUGACUGGAGCAGGUUGCCCCGAGGAUAGCGAAGGACUUCUGCUGCCAGCCCAGGAGUGUGGCUUCGUUGGUCGGGGGGGUUCGGGUUCUACUACAGAAGAGAGUGAAAUUCAGGGUGAAGCUGCCUCCCCAACCCCAGGGACUUCCAAGGACGGGCUGCAAGGAAGAGUCCAGAGUACGAUUUUGUCCUGCCGCAGCCGAGCAAGCAACCUUAAAUCUAAUGAAAGGGAGGCAGAGCACCCCCGAAGCACCAGUGAUCGUUCACUGCUUUGUGCAGACCCUCUGUUGGGCUCCUCCAAGACUGAAGUGCUGAAGAAGUCGCAGAGCACAGCCUGUCCCACAGUCCACUCUGAAUCACAGAAGGCUGAAACGGACGGAGGUUCCUGCCGAGCACGACAGCCGACAAACUCCAACAUUCCACCGGUCUCACCAGUAAAUAGGAGAUUCCAUUGUGUGGGAUGCAGCUCAGACUGUGAUGUUCCUUUUCGGUGCCAGCUGUGUGGCUUCAUGUGUUGCCUGCCAUGCUGGAAGAAAGUCCUCAAGGUAGCCAAGAAGUGCCCAGAAUGUCAAGCUGAUACUAAGAGAAGAUAUUUAUCUGUGGCUUUCUGGCCAGACCUCCAGUGAGCGAGGGGGACAGUGCCAACUUCGUCAUCUGCUUAGCAAGGCCAAAACUCACCCAUGGAAGGUGACUCACAAACCAGAUUCCCUUUGUUCCUUCGACUGCUGUGCCUUAUGUCGUCCUUCCCUUUGCUGAAGUCGGUGAACCGUAAGAAGUCUUCCUCUUGCAGACAAAGCGGGAAGAGAGGCAGCCCCGGCCCGAGAUUUAAAUUACACCAUUCUUUUUAAACAUUGCACUCUUUGGUAGCUUUCAGCUGCAGAGGGCUGCUGUAGACACGGGGCGGUGGUCCUUUUUUGUACUUUGGAAGUGGUUUUUUUAUUGUAUUGAGAAAACGAUAGAUCAUGAACAGUGUAAAAUUGAAAUAUGUGAAUAAAUAGGAUUAUUUUGCA